AAACAACCAGCUGAAAAGUGAAACCUUGGGAAUCUCCUCCAAUCUCUACCGUAAAGCUUGUAAAAAGCUUUGGAAAACCAGAAUCAGCAUUGGAAAUCCUCCGGCCCUGAAAAUGGAUCCAAACCUGAAAAGCUACCCGCUCCUCUCCUAUGUUUUGUCCCGCCUUCCUUCCAUCUCAUCCAGGCUCCAGUCCUCACCCUCCUCUGAUACCCCCUUCGACCUCGAACAACCACCGCCUAUCGACGCCGCCUCUUCCUCCACUGCUCCGCCACCAAUAGUCGACCAGAUGCCCCACCUUUCCCAUCCCAAAGUCCUCGCUUCCAUGACCCAUGCCAUCUACGACGUCGCCCAAACCCGCUCUGUCCUCCAAACCCUCGGCCCCCGACCCGACCACGAGUCCGUCGACAUGGCUCACCACAAGCUCGCCGAGAUCGAUUCCAACCUCUCCAAAUCCCUGGAAGAACUCGUCCUCUCUCCUCGACCCGAGGGUGUGGAUCAAGCCGAAUGGCGUGCCAACUUGGCCGACAAAGAGCAACAGAUUCGACAACAAGCUGAGCAGGAAAAAUCUAUGUGCAAGUCGAUACUGCAAUUGGACGAAAUGCACGAGGCGUACGGGAAGCUCGUGAAGCAAGCCGAGGAGAGGUUGGUUAAGAUUUAUGAGAAGGCGGGAGAAGUGGCGGACGAUUCGGAGCCAGUUGAGGAGACCAAUCCGGAGGUUGUUGGGAUACUGGAGGAAGCGCAAGGCAAAGGAUUGGAAAGGGUUGAUUUGUGUGGAAGGAAGCUCAGGUAUUUGCCCGAAGCCUUUGGGAAGAUUAGCGGCUUGCUUUCCCUUAAUCUUUCCGGUAAUCAGUUUGAGGUUAUUCCUGACUCACUUGCUGGAUUAGAAAAACUCGAGGAGCUAAAUGUUUCCUCGAAUCUUCUGGAAUCUCUUCCAGACUCUAUUGGAUUGCUUCAGAACUUGAAAAUCUUGGAUGUCUCGGGAAAUAAACUGAAUGCCUUACCUGAUUCCAUUUGUUACUGCAGGUCUUUGGUGGAGUUGGAUUUGAGCUUUAACUCCCUGGCAUACUUGCCAACUAAUCUUGGGAAUGAAUUAGGAAAUCUAGAAAGGCUUUCAAUUUAUUUGAACAAGCUCCGAUCCCUACCAAAUUCUAUUUGUAAGAUGAGGUCAUUGCGUUUUCUGGAUGCCCACUUCAAUGAACUUCGUGGACUUCCGAAUGAAAUCGGGAGAUUGACAAAUCUCGAGGUCCUCAAUGUGUGCAGCAAUUUCUCUGAUCUAACAGAACUUCCUGAGACGCUUGGUGAAUUAACCAACCUUAAAGAGCUUGAUCUCAGUAACAACCAAAUCCAGGCUCUUCCUGAUACAUUUGGCAGGCUUGACAACCUGAAGAAACUGAAUUUGGAACAAAAUCCUCUUGUCAUUCCUCCUCUGGAAGUAGUAGAGCAAGGGGUUGAUGCAGUGAAGCUUUUCAUGGCAAAGAGGUGGGCCGACAAGCUUGCGGAGGAAGAAAGAAAGAGCAUGAUAGAAGUAAAUGAAGAGGAAGAGAAUGGGUGGUUGACACGCAGUACAACUUGGUUGAAGCGCUCUGUUUCAGUGGUUGGUGAGACUGUAUCAGGGUACCUUGGAACUGCUGGUCCUACGGACCCUAUUCUGGACGAGGAGCGAUGAUUUUACUCUCACCUUCACUUUUGCUGCCAAUUUCAAUUAUUCAAGUUUUCCUCAGCUUUCCUCGAAGCUUCAUUUCCAUGGUUGAAAAGCUAACAAAUUUUCUACCUCUUCUGAUUGAGAUUCUCGAUUGCAGGAAAAUAAAUUGGGAAGAAACCUUGUUAUUUAUUUAUAAUAUUUAUUUCCAUCAUCAUUAGUGUGUAUGCUUUGUAGUACGCACUGGCCUAAAUGGCACCCCAUAAAUUUUGGAUACCCUUUGCAUUUAGUAAUUUUUAUAUCAGAAUUUGGCUACA